GGUGUGGCGGGAGCGUUCCUCGCUUUCCUGACCUUUGUGGUGCGGGGCCACUUCGCGCGUCGGCCGCCCUGGGACGGCGGCGACGCCGACUGGUGCCGCGCGGAGGCUCUGGUACCGUCUCCCGCCCCGCCUGUGCAGGACGACGUUAUCUGCCCCGUGAGCUGGGCCCACCCUGGCAUCGUGGAGGAGAUCGCGCAGCAGCUCGUGGCUGAUCGCUGCGUGUGCGAGGUUCAGUGCAACAGCGUGAGGAAGGACUUCGCCCUCUUCGCGGGCGGCGUGGGUUUCUUCGGCUUCGGACAGCUCAUCCACGGGGUGACCUUCUUCGGCCAGCGCUGCUGCUGUCGACGGGAUGGCGAGCGUCUUACGGUGCGGGAGUUCUUGAAUGAGCUCCUCCCUGGCCGCCUCGUGGCGGUCAAGUACCCAGGAGAGGACCUCUACCAUGAGAGGGUGGUCCUCGGCCCGUGCGCUCGCGACUUACUCGGCCGAGUGAGUCGCUGGGAGGUGCUGACGCCCGAUCACGACAAGUACGACGAAGACAUGACCAUGGAGGGCGACGAAGGCGAAGCCAUCGCCCUCCUGGACGACAUGGGCAAUUGUCCAGCGGGCCUGCGAGGAAGAUUUUACCGCUUCGCUGGAGACCGCUAUCCGAGCAGCCAGCAGAUCGUGGACUGGGCCAGAGCCCAGGUCGACCAGAUCAGGGCCGCUGGUGAGGAGCCGCUGUCGAUGACUCACUACAUCGACCACGAGGGCUCUCGCAGGGCGCUGGCUGGCGUGGGCAGGCGGCGCCGCCUGGGCGGCCCCGCGCCCUUGCCUGCGGGGGGGCCCGAGGCCCCUGGGGGCGUGGCCGCCGCUGGCGGCCUUGUGGCCUUGGACGGCGACGCCGACGGCGCUGGGGCUUCCGUGGGGCCCGCUGGCGCGGUCGCCCUGGGCGCUGUGCGCGACGCCACUGAGGACCCUUUCGGUCUUUUGCGUGCGCGCGAGGAGCCCGCCGGGGGUCGUGUCUGGAUUGUGUGCGAGAACUCCGACGAGCACGAGACCCUCGGGCUGGAGGUCACUUUGAGGCCUGGCGACAUCGCCAUCACUAGCCGCGAUGGACUGGUGCAUCGGCACGGCGGGUUCUUGAGGGUUCGCUCGGUGCCUUCAAGCGAGUGCGUCGACUUCGUUGCCCGCCUCAAGGCUCGCAGCACGUCGGCGGCUGCUGAGCCGCCUGCUGGGGCCCUGGCGAUCGGCGGCACGAAGACUCCCCCCAUCGAGGCCGACGACGACGUCAGGACUUCGUGGGUCGACUACGACGAGUCUGGGAACCGUUUCAAGUCCUUCAAGAAGGCCGUGCAGGAGAGCCGCGAGGAGCCCAUCACGGCCGUGGAGGUGCAGGGCCCGCCUGGCACGCUCCACCUCGCGCGGUUCAUCGAGCGGUACGGCGGUGACCCACGGCGCUGGUGGCAGGGCUUUGCACGGGACCACAGCAUCAGCAAGACGGACAGGGUCUACCACGAGAUGACGAACCUCACGGAGAGCCCGAAGUUGUUCGGCGAGUACGACCAGCUCAACUUGGGUGCCUCCGCUGGCAUCGAGAAGUUGACGAGACGCAUCUGCGGGGUGAUCGACGCCUACGCGACAGGCGGGGGUGUCCCCAGCUGGAAGAUGGCAGGCGUUUACGAGGGCGAGGCCAACUCGAUCGACGCCAUCGCCCCCGCCUUGCGCAAGUGGGGCCUGACCAAGGUGAAGGACCAGAACGAGCUGGAGCAGGCUCGUUCGCGCCAUCCGCGGCCCGCGGACGGCGCCGACCCGAGCGCCGCCCCGUCGGGCGCUGCGGGCCGUGGCGACGGCGGCCGUGGCCGCGGUGCUGGGGCAGGGCGUCGGUCGAAGAGAUACCGCAGACGUGACCACGUGCGGCAACUCGUCGAGGGCGCUUCAAAUGCACUUAAUUGGCUUGCUAAGACCGAUGACCACCGACUUCCUGAUCUCCGCGGGCGGCCUCAACAUGUUGCGGAGCUCGGCCAGUGCCAGGUGAUUCGCGAGCGCGACGAGGUGCUGUCCUACGUGGAGCAGCUGGCUGCGCUUCAGGUGCGCGACGGUGGCCAUGAGUACUACUUGCCGCCAGAAGUGGCCCUUCGGGAGCUGCUCUGUGACAAGGCGUCUGGCUACAGGAUGGACGCCUCUAUGACUACGCUCGCGCCGUACCAGCGAGGUCGGGUCUCCCUGCCUGGGAAGCGCGAUGCGGUGUCGUCCGUCUUCGACCUGGUGGGGGACCGCGACCGUGCCUACCUGGAGGGUGCAGGAGAGCGCAUGCUCGAUCCCAGUGCUAGUGACACGUUGGCUGGCGACGCUGAUCGGUGUUAUGUUGAUCCCCAGCUCGCCAACAGCCCGAAGCUCUACGCCCGCUUCGUGCGCGACCUGAAGGCCAGGAACAUGCUGGUCUUCGGCAAGUGGGCGCAU